CUCACUUCCUCACUUCACAUCUCAAUUCUCUCUUAGACAUACACCUGCUCUUUCCCAAAUUUGGUUCAAAAUGAAGCUACCUUAUCCUUCAAUUACACUCUUAUUCUUUUUCUCUCUAAUCCGCUAUCUUCCUUCUUUGGUUUCAUCACAACCUUGCCAAAGAAGCUGUGGCACACUGCCAAUCAAGUACCCCUUUGGCUCUGGCCCUGGCUGCGGCGACCCUCGAUUCCAACAAUUUGUUACUUGCAAUGAUCAAAAACUCACCUUGACCACACACACAGGCUGCUACCCCAUCACCGAUAUAGACUACAUGAAUCAAGUCAUAUACUUGACGGAUCCUUCCAUGUCUACUUGUGCUUGUACACAACCAAGCAAAGGUUUUGGCCUUGACUGGAAUGCUCCCUUCAGUUUCCAUGAAGAUAAUGUCUUUACUCUACUUGACUGUUCCAUCGCUUCCUCACCUAUCUACAAAUCAAGCACAUUCAAUGGAGAUAACAGCUCGGCAGUAGUCCCUUUAUGUGACAAAAAUGGGGUAGCCAUUUGCAGUUAUUUGUAUUCUUGUAGAGCAAUUAGCACCCUCAACCUCCCUAUCUCUACAUGUUGUGUUUAUGCACCGGUUGAUCUGGGGCCUUCAUUUGACAUGGAUUUACAGAAGUUGCAAUGCUCUUCGUAUUCCGGGUUCUACAGCUUCAGUGGGCAGGAAUAUAACCCGGAAAAUUGGAAGUACGGAAUAGCACUUAAAUAUAAAUUCAAUGUGUAUAACGACUAUCCUGGCACAUGUGCCAACUGCGAGAAGAGUAAUGGAGCUUGUGGAUACGGUGGAGCUUACAAUUCAUUUAUCUGCAACUGUCCCAGUGAAGCGAACACCACCACAGACUGUUUCUUUGAAUCAACCUUCAAUAAUGCUCAAAGGCUUCUCCCAUGGAAGACAGGGACUCGGCUGACCGGUGCCUUGACAUUGAUUCUGGUUUGGGUCAUGCUGUAGAAUGUAAUUUGUUAGAGAGAUGAAAGGCUAGACAACCAUUUUAUUGAAGAAUCAUAUUACUUGUACUCAUAUAAUAAGUGGGCAAUGAAUGCAAAAACUUUAUCUAGCUGGGAGUGAUGUUGCUAGAGCUCUUGAAAGUGAAAAUUUUGGAUGUAACAGCACUUCAUCUAGCCAAUGGGGAGUUUUAAAGUCAGGACGUAUGACAUUCAGAUACUCUCUCGUUGGCCACAUUCAUUUUGCACCCAAGUUUU